GGACCGCGGUCGUUCGGCGCUCGGCUGCCAGGGCCUGCCAGUUGCUAGGAGCCGGGGACGCCGGCGGGCCUCCCGGGCCUACCAGCUGCGAUGGAGCCUGGGAAGAGAAGAACAAAAGAUGAUACUUGGAAAGCAGAUGAGCUCAGAAGACAUCUUUCGGCGGUGCCGUCGGGCAGUCCCAAGGAUGACAGGAAGCACAGGGAAAAGAGGCUGCAUAAGGAGGCAGACCUGGACGUCCCCGAGUACAAAGAUCAGAAGCAUAGCAAGGCCUGGGACCGGCCCGGCGACAGGGAGAACACUCUCGGGGACAGAGACCCAGAGAAGCUGAGGGACAGGAAGAAGGACUCCAGGGACCGGGACCGAGAGAGGCAUAAGGACAGACACUGGGAGCCGGAUGCAGACAAGUCUCACGGCAGAGGAAGAGACCGCGAGAAGGACAGAGACCGCAGGGCCAGGAAGGAGGAGCUCCGGCAGACAGCCGUCCACCAGAGUCUGCUGGGCCGGCCGCUCCUGGACCGGGCGGGCAAGACGUGGGCAGUAAGCAAAGUGAGAACAGAAGAGAAGGAGAAGAGAGAUAAAGACCCUGAGAGGGGGGACGAGGAGAGAGAAAGACGAUACAGAGAAAGAAAGCUGCAGUACGGCGACAGUAAAGACAAUCCUCUUAAGUAUUGGCUUUAUAAAGAAGAAGGUGAAAGGAGACACAGGAAGCAGAAAGAACCAGAUCGAGAAAAGAAACAUCGAGAAAAAAGCAGCACAAGGGAAAAAAGAGACAAGUAUGCCAAAGAAAAAAGUAAUUCGUCCUCAGACAAGAAAGGGGAAGAAAGGCACAAGGAUAAACGCCACAAGGAAGGCUCUCAUUUAGAUGAAGAGAGGCACCACAGUAGCACCGAUAAAAGAGAGAGGCUGACAAGAGAAGAGCCUAAGAAAAGGGAGUCCAAGAACAAUGAGCACAGAAAUCGGGGUGCAAGUUCAAGGAGAGAUCCAGCCGGCAGCCAGGAAGGAACAUGCGCUCUCUGGUAUACAGAGAAUUUAGUAAGAAAUAAUGGAAAAGAUAAAGACUCAAGAAGGAAGGAAAUUGAAAAGGAGGACAUUGAUUCAGAAAAUGCUGGGGCUGACGAAUAUGCAGCUUGUUUUGAAGAUGAUUUUGAAGACUAUGAAGAUGACUUUGAGGUUUGUGAUGGAGAUGAUGAUAGCUCUAACGAGCUGGAACUGAAAGAGAAGAUUGAAGAGCUUCCUCUGGCCAGAAAAAGGGAGAUACAGGAAAUUCAUAAAGCCAUUAAUGCAGAAAACGAAAGGAUUGGCGAGUUGUCCUACAGACUAUCGCAGAAGCAAGGUCUGCUGGAGGGUGAGAGGAGCUCAGAGACAGAUGCAAACAGCUCCCCUGCCAGAGCCCCUGUUUGUGGAAUUUUCGUGGAUUUUGCAACAGCCUCACGCCGUCAGAAGAGUCCGACUCAGGCCCUUAAGCAAAAGACGCGGAGUACAAAACUGCUUCGGCUUAUUGACUUGGAUUUUUCAUUUACCUUCUCUCUCUUGGAUCUACCGCCAGUAAAUGAGUAUGACAUGUACAUCAGAAAUUUUGGGAAAAAAAACACCAAGCAGGCCUAUGUUCAGUACAAUGAGGAUAAUGUUGACCGAGACAUCCAGACAGAAGAGAUUGAGACCAGGGGGGUGUGGACGCAGCACCCCGGAGAGGGCACGGCUGUGUCAGGGGGGAGCGGGAGUGGAGAUGUCCGUGAGGUGGCCGCAGCCCCGAAGGUCAACACGCCCAGGCUGGCCAGCUUCCUUCGCGCUGCUUGCCAGGUGAUUGCUGUUCUGCUGGAAGAGGACCGUGUGGCCGCAGAGCCCAGCUGGAGCCCCAGGGCAGUGGACGGCACCCUGGCCAUCAGUGACAGCUCCUCCCAGCUGAACACCAGCCUGCCCUUCCUUCAGGAUCGAGAAGUGUCCUGCUUAUGUGCCUCCCAGGUGCAGAGACAGAUGGUGGUGUCGGUGCACGGGCUGCCUGCAGCGGCCUUUGCCCCUGCGCUGGACAGCAGGCACGUGCUGUGCGUGUGGGACAUCCGGCAACCUUCAGGGCCCCAGAAGGUCCUGCUGUGUGAGUCGAAGGUCACCUGCUGCUGCUUUAGCCCUUUUAAAGCCUUUUUACUGUUUGCUGGGACAGCGCAUGGCUCCAUCAUCCUGUGGGACCUACGGGAAGAUUCCAGAAUACACCAGUAUGUGAAGCUGGGUGAUUGCUUCUGGACGUUCAGGAUGGCAACAUUUUCUACUGAUGGUGUCCUGACCUCUGUGAAUCACUGCAGUCCCAUCCAAGCGGUAGAAUCCAUCUCCACGUCUGUCUACAAAAAACAGAGUUUUGUGCUUUCCCCCUUUUCUAUGCAAGAAGAAAUGUCAGGUUUGUCCUUCCACGUUGCUUCCCUGGAUGAGAGUGGGGUGCUCAACGUUUGGGUGGUGGUGGAAUUACCCAGGGCAGAUAUCGCAGGUUCAGUGAGUGACUUAGGCUUGAUACCUGGAGGGAGGAUAAAGCUGGUGCACAGCACUACGAUUCAGCUGAGCGACAGCCUGUGUCAGAAGGGCUGUGAGUUCUGGGGCUGCACACAAACCCUGAAUGUGAAGUUCCUGCCGUCAGACCCUAGUCACUUCAUUGUCGGCACAGACAUGGGUCUGAUAAGUCACGGCACCAGGCAAGAUCUGAGAGUAUCUCCCAAACUGUACAAACCUCAGCAACACGAUGUGAGACCCGUCCGAGUGAACGUGAUUGACUUCUCACCGUUUGGAGAACCAGUCUUCUUGGCCGGCUGUUCAGAUGGAAGCAUCCGGUUACACCAGCUGACCUCCGAGUGCCCUCUCCUGCAGUGGAACGGCAGCACCGAGGGCCACGCGGUCACCGGCCUCCGCUGGUCCUUGACAAGACCUGCUGUGUUCCUGGCCCAGGAUGAAACAUCCUGUAUUUAUAUCUGGGACCUGCUGGAAAGUGACCUGGGUCCUGUGGCCAAACAGCUCAUCUCUCCAGACAGACUGGUGGCCAUGACGGUCGUGGGUGAAGCGGAGAAGACCAGCGGCAGCUUCCUGGCCCUGGUGCUGGCCAGAGCCUCUGGCAGCGUGGACAUCCAGUACUUGAGGAGGGCUUGGGUGGCCCCCGUGCGCGACGAGCUGAGGAGGCUGCAGCGGCUCUUGCAGGAGGCCCUGUAGGGGAGGGGCUGCAGGUGUGCUCAUUGUGGGGGACAGGGCCAGGUGAUGACUCCUGUGGAGAGACCAGCUCUAUCUGAGUGCAUGUACAUUGAUGUAGAUAGAAGGCGUGGAUUCUGUGUGUAACUUGUUUUAUAAGAAUGUUACCUCAGUGUUCCCAGUAAAUAAAUCACUAUUUUUGAAUGGAAACAACAAACAUUUUAGUGUAUGUUGAACUUGAGAGGAAAUAGUCGAUUUCGAUUAUGUUCUUCUCUGAGAAUAUUUUUACUUAUUCUUUGAAUAGCUUUAAAAUAUUAGCACAUUUAUGUUUUAAACUAUGUACCAUGAAUGUAUUUUAAUGAACAGUUUUCUUAGUCCUGCAGAAAAGGACAUGCUCAGGUGUAAAUUAAAGGAGUGAUGUCAUUGAAAUGA